AUGCCUAUCAGCUAUUUGAUUCUCCUGUCCCGCCAGGGCAAAGUGCGUCUUGCCAAAUGGUUCACCACCCUCUCUCCCAAGGAGAAGGCCAAGAUCAUCAAAGAUGUAACCCAACUCGUGCUGUCCCGUCGUACACGGAUGUGCAAUUUCCUUGAGUACAAAGAUUCCAAAGUGGUUUAUCGUCGCUAUGCCUCGCUUUUCUUCAUCGCCGGAUGCUCCUCGACCGAUAACGAAUUGAUCACCCUGGAGGUGGUGCACCGAUACGUGGAACAAAUGGACAAAUACUACGGGAAUGUGUGUGAGCUGGAUAUCAUCUUCAAUUUCCAAAAGGCCUACUUCAUCUUGGAUGAACUAUUACUGGCUGGAGAAAUGCAAGAGAGUAGCAAGAAGAAUGUUCUUCGGUGCAUCAGUCAACAGGACAGCCUGGAAGAUAUGGAGGUUGAGGAAGAUGUCGUCACAAAGAUCAUGUAG